GAACGAUUUACAUUUGUUUAUGCAUAACUUUUAAUCUCAUUUAUCAUUUGGCAAAAUAAGCACAACAUUCACAAUGGUGAAAGAACUUUUUCGGGAAACAGAUGUUGCCAAGAAAAUAAGCCAUGUAACUUUUGGCUUGAUGUCAGCUGAUCAGAUGAAGCAAGCAGCUCAUAUUCAUGUUGUCAGCAAAAACUUGUACAGUCAAGAUGGUCGACGGAAACCCAUACCCUUUGGUGUACUAGACCAUCGUAUGGGCACAAGUGAGAAGGACAAUAAUUGUGAGACUUGUGGCAAGAACUUGGCCGAGUGUACAGGCCACUUUGGCUAUAUCGACCUGGAGUUACCAGUGUUCCAUAUCGGUUAUUUCAGGAUGACAAUCACAAUUCUCCAAGCUGUGUGCAAGACAUGCAGUAAAGUUCUUCUGCCUGAGGAGGAGAGGAAGAACUUUCUGGAGACAAUUAAGCGACCCAACAUGACCUAUUUACAGAGGAAAGCUGUCAAGAAAAAAGUGAUGGAAAGAGCAAAGAAAUUUAACAUCUGUCCCCUAUGUGGUGCUUUCAAUGGCCAAGUGAAGAAAUGUGGCAUGCUGAAAAUCACGCACGAUAGAUAUAAAAGUUCCCCUAAAAAUGCGUCUCCAAUAGUAAUGGAGUUCUUGAACUCAUUUGAGAAUGCUAUGGAACAUAACAAAGAAAUUGAGUCGAUGGUUAACAAAACACAAGAGGUCCUGAAUCCACUCAUGGUGCUCAAUCUAUUCAAAAGAAUACCGGAGGAGGAUAUCCCUUUGUUGCUGAUGAACCCAGAAGUUAGCAGGCCAGAAGAUUUGCUGCUUACGCGUAUAGUGGUGCCCCCUAUCUGCAUUCGUCCGUCUGUUGUGUCAGACCUCAAGUCAGGAACUAAUGAGGAUGAUGUAACCAUGAAGAUGACAGAGAUCAUCUUUCUGAAUGAUGUCAUACAAAAGCACAGGGCAACGGGGGCAAAGAUGCAGAUGAUCAUGGAAGACUGGGAUUUCCUGCAACUUCAGGUAGCCUUGUUGUACAACAGCGAGACAUCUGGGAUUCCACAUCACAUGCAGCCAAAGAAACCCUCAAGAGGUUUCGCUCAAAGAUUGAAGGGGAAACAAGGACGUUUUCGUGGUAAUUUGUCUGGCAAGAGAGUGGACUACAGUGGCCGCACAGUUAUCUCCCCUGAUCCCAAUAUGAGGAUUGAUCAGGUGGCUGUUCCUGUGCAUGUGGCCAAAGUGUUGACAUACCCAGAGAAGGUGACCAAAGCUAACAUUAACCUGAUGAAGCAGCUGGUGGCUAAUGGCUGUGAUGUCCAUCCAGGGGCUAACUUUGUGGAGUCACGGGAUACAAAAAUCAAAAGGUUUCUCAGAUAUGGUGACCGACAGAAGAUAGCCAGCAAGCUGAAGUAUGGGGACACAGUAGAGAGACAUACCAUAGAUGGAGAUAUUGUCUUGUUCAAUCGACAGCCAUCCCUUCAUAAACUCAGUAUUCAAGCUUUUUUUGCUAAGGUGAUGCCUCAUCGGACAUUCCGCUUCAACGAGUGCUGCUGCAAUCCUUUCAAUGCUGACUUUGACGGUGAUGAAAUGAACCUACAUUUACCUCAAACAGAGGAGGCUAAGGCAGAGGCCAUUGUUCUGAUGGGGUCCAAAUCUAACAUAAUCACUCCGAGGAAUGGAGAACCCCUGAUUGCUGCCAUUCAGGACUUUAUCACAGGUGCAUAUUUGCUCACCCUGAAGGACAAGUUUUUUGAUCGAAGCAAAACUUGCCAGUUGUUGUCAGCCAUUUUGGCCCAGAAAGAUCAGAAUGUGAGGAUUGAUCUCCCUCCUCCAGCCAUCGUCAAGCCUUGCAAACUGUGGACAGGGAAGCAGAUCUUCAGCGUGAUGUUACGACCUAACAAGGACUGUCCAGUGCUGGCUAAUCUGAGGACCAAGGGGAAAAACUACUCCCAGGGGGAGGAACUCUGUGUCAAUGAUUCCUUUGUUGUGAUUCGAAACAGUGAGCUGCUGUGUGGUGCUAUGGACAAAGCUACCCUAGGAUCAGGCUCCAAGAACAACAUAUUUUAUGUGAUUCUGAGGGAUUAUGGUGAAGAAGCAGCCGCGGCAGCUCUGUCCAGAUUGGCUCGUCUCUGCCCAGCCUUUCUCAGUAACCAUGGUUUUUCUAUUGGUAUUGGGGAUGUCACACCUGGCAUAGGUCUCAUUAAGGCCAAAAACAACCUGUUGGAUGAUGGGUACAGGAAAUGUGAUAAGUUUAUACAGGAUCUGGAAGACGGCAAACUCCAGGCUCAGCCAGGCUGCACAGAGGAAGAAACCCUUGAGUCCCUUAUCCUGAAGGAGCUGUCUGUGAUCCGAGACCAUGCUGGGAAAGCCUGUCUGCGGGAACUCCACAAGAGCAACAGCCCCCUCAUCAUGGCCAUUUGUGGCUCUAAAGGCUCCUUCAUUAACAUUUCCCAAAUGAUAGCCUGUGUGGGUCAGCAGGCUAUAAGUGGCAAGAGAGUAGCCAAUGGCUUUGAAGACAGAGGACUACCGCACUUUGAGAGACAUGCUAAGGACCCUAGUGCUAGAGGUUUUGUCCAGAACAGUUUUUACACUGGGCUCACCCCGACAGAGUUUUUCUUCCACACAAUGGCGGGAAGGGAGGGGUUAGUUGACACGGCGGUGAAAACUGCAGAGACAGGCUACAUGCAGCGGCGACUUGUAAAGUCCCUGGAGGACCUUUGCUCUCAGUAUGACCUCACAGUGAGGACCUCCACAGGGGACAUCGUACAGUUCAUCUAUGGAGCUGAUGGCCUUGACCCUGCAGCCAUGGAAGGGAAAGAUCGCCCAGUUGACUGUAAACGCGUCCUGGAUGGAAUACGGGCCAACACAAUGUGUGAUGUACGAGAGGAGCCCUCCCUGUCUGGGUCAGACCUGGUCAGCCUGGUGGACAGGGAGUUACAGGGUGACAGGUUCCAGGAGUGUCGGCAGGACUUCAUCACUGAACUCAAGGACUUUGCUGUCUCUUAUGGAGGGAGUAUAGAUAAGGCCUGGGCCAGGUUUGAUCUCCUGGACAAGAAUCUGUCACAGAUGGCUCCUGUGUUUAAGGAAUUGGAGCGGGUGACACCCUCACAGGUGGAACGCUUUCUGCAGUGUUGUCUGGACAAGUACAUGAGGGCUAAGAUUGAGCCAGGGAGUGCAGUUGGAGCGAUAUGUGCCCAGAGCAUCGGCGAACCUGGCACCCAGAUGACUCUCAAAACUUUUCACUUUGCCGGAGUGGCUUCCAUGAACAUCACCCAGGGUGUUCCCCGGAUCAAGGAGAUCAUAAAUGCAUCGCGUAACAUCAGCACCCCAAUCAUCACUGCACAGCUGGACAUUGACAAUGACCCUGAGUUUGCCCGUGUGGUUAAAGGCAGGAUAGAAAAGACCACGCUGGGAGAGGUGACAGAAUACCUGGAGGAGGUGUACGUCAGAGAUGACUGUUUUAUCCUCAUCAAGCUGGACCUGGAUAGAAUACGACUGCUGAAGCUGGAAGUGUCUUCAGCCUCCAUCAAAGAUUCCAUCUGCAGCUCAAAGCUGAGAAUCAAACCCCAGCAUGUGCAAGUGUACAGUGACUCCAUCCUGACAGUCAACCCUUGUGAGACAAACAAAAGCUCCAUGUACUAUGUUGCUCAGCAGCUCAAGAAAGAUCUGCCUAAUGUCAUGAUAAAGGGCAUCCCAAGUGUGACUAGAGCUGUGAUUCAUGCUGAUGAGAAGAAAGGGGACAGCUACAAACUACUGGUAGAGGGAGAUAACCUGCGUCAGGUCAUGGCCACACAGGGUGUGAAGGGAAGUCACUGUGUGUCUAACAACACGUUUGAGAUGGAGAAGACCCUGGGCAUAGAAGCAGCAAGGACAACUAUCAUGAACGAGAUUGUGUACACGAUGGUGAAUCAUGGAAUGAGCAUUGACAACCGUCAUGUGAUGCUGCUGGCUGACCUCAUGACCUUCAAGGGUGAAGUUCUGGGCAUCACCAGGUUUGGAUUGGCCAAGAUGAAGGAGAGUGUGUUGAUGUUAGCUUCAUUUGAGAAGACAUCAGAUCAUCUGUUUGAAGCUGCGUACCAUGGACAGAGAGAUGCUAUUAAUGGUGUGAGUGAGUGCAUCAUCAUGGGUAUCCCAAUGAGCAUUGGUACAGGACUCUUCAGGCUCCUACAUAAAGCAGACCGAGAUCCUAACCCAGUCAAGAGACCAGUGGUCUUUGAUGUCCCAGAAUUCCAUCUGCCUGGAUAUUCAUCCUAGCUCUGGAUACUGCAGGAAUGGCAACACGCCAUAAAACCAGUCUAAAACUAGGACAGCUGGCUUUAUUAAACUUAAUAUUCAUGUAGUGCUGGUUGUUCAAGGUGUGAAGGAAAGAAAAGGUGUGCACACUGGGAUGGCAGAUUUCCAGUGGAUAUAACUGACGAAUAUUAUUUCAAUAAAAUAUUACCUAUUCUAUUUUUGACAGCAAUCAGGUAACAUCUGGUGGAAAUUGUGCCAUGCAGUUUAAUGGUAAUGUUCUGUUCACUUUUCAUCGCUGUGCCAGAGGUUGUCCUCUCUAGAUAGAAUACAUGUAUGUCUUAGGCCUGAAUUAUUGACUGAUGUGUGAACUCACUGUGAAGUCAAGACUGUAUUACAAAUUGAACCAAAAUUAGUCAAGCCAUACAUCUAGGUCUAACCGGCAAAACACUUAAUGUGUUAUUCUGCAAGUCAAAAAUAUCUAUUUCCUUGUUGAUUUCAUUAUUUAUUUUGUUCUUUGUUGGAUACUGUAUUAAGUUCUUAUGAAUUUAUAAGCACCUGCUUAUACAGUUACCUGCAUGUAUGUACAGAGUACAUAUAUAAAGUGCUGGACUGUCA